CGCUUUUUAAUCAUUUCCUGUUUAUCCUCAGAAUACGACGAACAAGCGUGAAAUAACUGACUUGAUACUUUGUUGAGAGUUUAUAUCCCAUACAUCCUACAGAUGACCUGAUUUACAGAAAUAACAAUCAGUGAUAAUGGCACCUAACAACCCAUUACCAAUAUGGGGUAAUGAAAAGACAAUGAAUUUAAAUCCGUUAAUUUUAACUAACAUACAAUCAUCACCUUAUUUUAAAGUCAACUUAUAUGAUCUGAAGACCUACCAUGAAGUUAUAGACGAAAUAUAUUAUAGAGUUGAUCAUUUAGAACCUUGGGAAAAAGGCAGCAGGAAAACAGCGGGACAAACAGGCAUGUGUGGCGGGGUAAGGGGAGUUGGAGCAGGAGGAAUUGUUUCUAGUGCCUAUUGUUUAUUAUACAAAUUGUUCACCCUGAGACUCACCAGAAAACAAGUCAAUGGAUUGAUAGCACACUCAGAUUCACCUUACAUUAGAGGUCUUGGAUUUAUGUACAUAAGGUAUACACAAGAUCCUAAAGAACUAUGGGAUUGGUUUGAGGCUUAUUUGGAUGACGAAGAGGAAAUUGAUGUUAAGGCUGGAGGAGGACAUAAGAUAACCAUUGGUCACAUGGUACGACAAUGUCUAGUUAAACUAGAAUGGUACAGUACUCUAUUUCCCAGAAUUCCUGUACCCGUUCAGAAAAGUAUAAUGGAGAAAAUAAAGGAAAACCCACCCAAACAGGAGGAAGAGGAGCAUAGUUCAAGGAAAGGAUCUCCCAAACAUAUACCUGAUGGGGAAUUAUCAUUUGGAGAAGCUGAAAAACAUGCUCAGAGACGACCCAGUCCAACACCUCAGAGGAGAGGAUCACCACCUGUUAAACGUCCAUCAAAAGCCAGGUCUAGAUCUAGAUCACCACAUAUAAAAAAGCGUCCAUCAAAAGCCAGGUCUAGAUCAAGGUCUCCUCGACGUAGAUCACCCAAAAGAUCACCUCCCAGAAGAUCACCUCCCAGAAGAUCACCUCCUAGAAGACCUAGGUCUCCGCCAUUCCGCCGUCGUUCACCACACAGAAUAUAUCGUCCCAGGUCUCCUCCAAGACACGUACAAGUUGAUGACUUUGCAAGAGAACUUGAAAGGGAAAAAGCUAGACAGAGACGAGAGAAAGAGCGUGGGAUUAGCAGGUCAAGAUCUCCUGUCCCUCGUCGAAGGUCUAGAUCUAAGUCACCAAUUAGAGAGAGGAGAAGAAAAUCAAGAUCGCCUGAUAGAAAACAUCACCAUAAAAGUUCACAUGAUAAACAUUCAAGACAUUCAUCAGAAAGGAAACAUGAUAGAUGAAACUUUAUUUAGGCAUCAUUCUCAUCAUUUGUCAUGUUUAAUUAUUUAGGAAAAGUCAUGUAGAAUUCCUGGAUCAUGAUAUGUAAAACCUUUCCAAAAUAUGUAUGGGAAUAUGAUCCAUGAUUAAAUAUUUGAAGAUUUAGCCUAACACUGACAGUUUUUUUUAACUGUCAGAUUCUUUUUAGGUGAAAUUGGUGCAAAAAAACCAAACCCAAACCAGAGGAUUUACUUGUCUAAGGGUCAUUAAUUUGUUAGUCAAGGAACAUCAUUUUAAAGGAAACUUGUAUGAUAUUUAAAAUAUAUUUGUUAAAAUAAAUGUAAGAGUUAAGGGAAUGUGAUAAUAUGAACAUACUGUCUUAUAGAUUAGGAAGAGUCAAUGUUAAACUGUUAAUGGGAAUUUGAAUUGCAUCCUAGGCCUAAAUAGGUGCUUUGGGCUUUUAAGCUCAUUACAGUAAUAUUUUCAGACUGGCACAUGUCAUUGAGAUAAGACUAAAUUUUAAUAGAAAACACUCUUUAAUGUUUAUGAAUAUUUAAGGAGGAAUUAGAUUGAGAAAAACUGCAAUUAAACAUCUCCAUACAGCCUUAUUUCAAGCUCUUUAAAUUGCAAAGAUUUGUCUAUUUUGAAAACUGCAUUAUAAUUAAACAUGUCCUUGUUGAACAUAUAUAAUCUUGAUUUGGUUGUGCAUCCUUAUAUUUUUAGAUAACUUGCUAAAUUAUUUCCAAUCAAUCAGUUCUUUAUAUUGCAGAUGGACAAGAGAACUUAAUAUACCCCUGCCUUAGCACAAAAAAAAACAACAUUGAAAAGCCUACUACAUUGUACAAAUUUUGCUUUAUAGAAAGUUCAGCAAACACACCAAUUCAGGAUUUAUUUUUUACCAUAUUUCAUCCACUUAUAGUUAAUUGGGUCAUAAAACAAAUAUUUUAUUGUUUUAGCUAAUGUAUCAUCCAAUAUUGUUCAUUGUAUUUUAAUGUUUUUAGAAAACUGAAAAUGUGGGAAAAUUUCAUUUUUAUUUUUAACCAGUCAUAAUGAUAUGUACACAGUGAAGAAAACUUGUUUUAAAAUGUCAGAAUAAAUGAUUUUUAUAUA